CCAAAUUUAUUAUCUGUCUGCAAAUCAACCUACUACCUUUUUAGGUACAAUCAAACACAGAUGACUUCAUCAUUUUGAACACAACAGAUCACAUCUCACUUGUCAGUGGCUAUAACUCAGUGGAGCGCUGUGAGGAUUCUUGUGUUAGCUGGUGUUGAAGGAAAAGAAAAAAAAUGGAGUCUGUAAAGCUGUUUUGGCUGUUUGGCCUAUUGAUUAUAGGAUCAGCAGGAGAGUGUAUGGGAGUGAUGGGCGGUCAUGGUCCAUGGAGAUGCAGCUUUCCGGCUAUUUUCAACUUUGGUGACUCCAAUUCAGACACUGGAGGACGGUCUGCAGCCAUCAGUGAGGUCUUUCUGCCCAAUGGCGAAACCUUCUUCGGCAAGGCUUCAGGAAGGUUUUGUGAUGGUCGCCUAAUAUUAGACUUCAUAAGUGAGACACUGGGCUUACCAUAUUUGAAUGCAUAUUUGGAUUCCAUGGGGACGAAUUUCUGGCAUGGAGCAAAUUUUGCGACUGGGGGUUCAUCCAUUAGGCCAGGGGGGUAUAGCCCAUUCCACCUUGAGAUCCAACUCGCUCAGUUCAAACGAUUUAAAUCUCAAACUACAGCUCUGUAUCAGCAGCUGAACCAUAACUGCACUACACCACCUUUCAAAAGCAAAGUCCCAAGGCCCAGGGACUUCUCAAAGGCACUAUACACCAUUGACAUAGGGCAGAAUGAUCUUGCUUAUGGUUUUCAGCACACAAAUGAGGAAAAAGUGCUUGCUUCCAUUCCUGAUAUCCUCAAUGUGUUGUCUGGAGUAGUACAUCAACUAUAUGAGGAAGGUGCAAGAACAUUUUGGAUACAUAACACAGGCCCAAUCGGUUGCUUGCCAUACAGUGUUAUAUAUUACCAACAAAAACCCCGAAAUCUGGACCGUUACGGCUGCGUGAAGCCUCAUAAUAAGGUGGCCCAAGAAUUCAACAAGCAGCUUAAGGACAUGGUCAUCAAGCUAAGGGCACAGCUUCCUCAUGCAGCAUUCACAUAUGUGGAUGUGUAUUCGGUUAAAUACUCACUGGUUAGCCAAGCAAAAGAUCUAGGUUUUGUUGAUCUGAUGAACUUCUGUUGUGGUAGUUACUACGGUUACCAUGCGGAAUGUGGGCAGAAAGCAGUGGUGAAUGGAACAGUCUAUGGUAUUCCAUGCGAACAUCCAUCCAGGCACAUUAGCUGGGACGGCACACACUACUCAGAGGCGGCCAACGAAUGGGUUGCAAAAGCCAUUCUCAAUGGCUCCUUCUCCGACCCACCAAUUCCAGUAUCAGAGGCUUGCCAUCAGUAGCAGCAGGCCUAGUCACGGUGUAACAAGCCAACCACUGGCGUACUGGUCAUAAAAAAUAUUGGCGGAUUGUAGUACAAUUCAAUGAAUUUUCAAGGAACGUGUUCUUCCAUUUAGAUGGAAUU